AUGGGUGCCUUCUACGAGACAAUUCCCCUGUCGCUCUUCAAAUGGAUCCUUGAGCAGCGCAUGUUUUGGGUCAGCACCGCGCCGCUGGCGGCAUCAGGGCACGUGAACAUAUCUCCCAAAGGUGGUGAUUAUUUCGGUGUACUCGAUGAGCGUACCUUCUGGUAUAUGGACUUGACCGGCUCUGGCUCGGAAACAAUCGCCCACUUAUACGAGCCUGGAAAUGGCCGUAUCACCGUCAUGUUCAACGCGUUUGAAGGACCGGCUCGCAUCCUGCGGAUCUUCGGCCACGGGCGCGUCCUCGAGAGCGGUACCAGUGCUUACGACGAAUUCGUCAAGAAGAACGACGUCAAGACCAUCCCCGGGUCAAGAGCUAUAGUUAUCGUGGACGUUCAUCAGGUUGGCACUUCAUGCGGGUUUUCUGUGCCCUUUUACGAGUACAAACAGCACAGGACAACGCUCAAUGAUCAUUUUGAACGGAAGGAUGAGAGAUUCAGGCAAGGUAAUGAGAAGGAGGCCAUGCCCGACUACUGGGCUUUGAAGAACUCGUGGAGUAUGGAUGGCCUUCCGGCACUUCACAUCGCACAGAAGACGCGGAGAGAGAAACACAUUGAGCCCCUGAAAAAGAUGGUUGGUCCUUUGGCACCCACACAUUACCAAAAUGUUCACCGAUACGGGCUCGAACACUUGCUCUUCGUCGCAUUCAUGACGGCCAUCAUCACAGCCUUUGUGAUGGUGUACGGACUGGACACAGCUCGAGCCAUAGCUGUCAGGAUACCGGCUGAUGCCAGCCGCAUGGUACAAGCGCCACUGCGGACGGCUAUCUAG